ACCAUGUAAACAAGUGAGAACCAAACUUUCACAGGCAUUUAAUCAUUGGCUGAAAGUUCCAGAGGACAAGCUACAGAUUAUUAUUGAAGUGACAGAAAUGUUGCAUAAUGCCAGUUUACUCAUCGAUGAUAUUGAAGACAACUCAAAACUCCGACGUGGCUUUCCAGUGGCCCACAGCAUCUAUGGAAUCCCAUCUGUCAUCAAUUCUGCCAAUUAUGUAUAUUUCCUCGGCUUGGAAAAAGUCUUAACCCUUGAUCACCCAGAUGCAGUGAAGCUUUUUACCCGCCAACUUUUGGAACUCCAUCAGGGACAAGGCCUAGAUAUUUACUGGAGGGAUAAUUACACUUGUCCCACUGAAGAAGAAUAUAAAGCUAUGGUGCUGCAGAAAACAGGUGGACUGUUUGGAUUGGCCGUAGGUCUCAUGCAGUUGUUCUCUGAUUACAAAGAAGAUUUAAAACCACUACUUAAUACACUUGGGCUCUUUUUCCAAAUUAGGGAUGAUUAUGCUAAUCUACACUCCAAAGAAUAUAGUGAAAACAAAAGUUUUUGUGAAGAUCUAACAGAGGGAAAGUUUUCAUUUCCUACUAUUCAUGCUAUUUGGUCGAGGCCUGAAAGCACCCAGGUGCAGAAUAUCUUGCGCCAGAGAACAGAAAACAUAGAUAUUAAAAAGUACUGUGUACAUUAUCUUGAGGAUGUAGGCUCUUUUGAGUACACUCGUAAUACUCUUAAAGAGCUUGAAUCUAAAGCCUAUAAACAGAUUGAUGCACGUGGUGGGAACCCUGAGCUAGUAGCCCUAAUAAAGCACUUAAGUAAGAUGUUCAGAGAAGAAAAUGAAUAAUGUUAAGCCAUUCUGGAUUGGGCCUCAUAGCUUAUUUUAGUUAAUCAUUUUUUUGUCUUGUAGUCUAUCACCUUUUAAAAAUUUUGGUCCAAGCUGUUAUUCCCCAAAAACUGAGUCAAUAGGUGAGUAGGGGUGAUGCAAGUGAUUCUGUUUUAAUUUAGAAAAACCUCUAUACAGAUAAUCAAAAGUCAGAAGAAUCAAGCCGCAGUUAUGUAGGUCUCAUUUGAACAUCAUAAUUACAGUGGGAGGACACUGUCACCAACUCUGCCCUACUACCAUCAAUGUUGUGUUUAUUCUGUCAAUAAAAAAGACUCAUUUCCAGGAA